UAGAAAGUUAUAACUCGAUCCCAUUUAACGACAUUACCCCGCCAUAAUGAAAACUUUUUGAUUGCGUCUCGUAUUACAUGACGAAAAAAACAAAGAAAAACGAAAAGAUUAAAAAACAAGGUUAGGGUUGCUAUGUUAUUAUUACGUUUUAGUAAAAGGGGGUGUAUGAUGUAAUUUGAUGCAGAAAACGUUUCUAUUUGUGAUAUAUUUCAACAUAAACUUUGAGAAAGGUCUGUAAUAUCACUUGCGACAGUACAAUGUGGAAAUUUCGAAUAUUAUAUAAAUUAUGUCUUUGAAGCUCAUGUCAGCAAUCAUUCCUAUAACUACAACUGUACAGAAACCCGAAGAUGCAUCCAAGGUGUUAAAUCAACUUUUGGAAUGUGUGCAAACAUGCCAGAAACGAUUCGGUGGAAAAUCGGAGUUAGCUACGGAAUUUGACAGUUGUGUCGCCACUUUGUGCUUAAGUUUGGAGUCUGUUUUUCUGCACGGUAUUCGAACCAAACCGCAUGACUCGCAGCAGACAAGCACGUUCAAACAGGUUUCUGAUAUCGUGACGAGUACACUAAGUAUCAAUAGUGAUCAUAACUCGUUUUGGUGUUUCAUAAACAAGCACCUGACAAAGCACGAGCAGGAAAGAUACCAGCUUCUAAAACACAUUUGGACGGACGUCGGUCGGGGUCGUGCCUGGAUACGGUCUUCCUUAAACGAACGCUCACUGGAAAGAAAUUUUCACACGGUUUUAAGUAACAGGGACCUCUUACGUAGCCACUAUGAAGAUUGGGCGCUGUUGCGUGACGACGAAAAGAACAGCAUGUUGCCGAAUAUGGCGGCGGGUUUAGGUUCAAUUUUAUUCGCAGUUAGUAUCGACAAACCCGAACUAAACAGCCAAACCACUUUGCAGAAGUCGGAACGAUUGAAAACACAGCCGGAACCGAUUAUUGAAGCACCUAUCAGAGAUUUAGGCAAAGAUCGUACGAAAAAGCGAAAGGUGGCUAAGCAGAUCAUAUCAUUUGACGAAGACGACAGCGUGCUAUCGUCCAGCAUUCCAUCAACUUCUAGCAGCAUAACUUCCGAUAAUAACUCUUCUGGUAGCGAACCUCAUGUUGCCAAACAAACCAUGGACAAUAAUAGCGCCGCAUUACCUACGCUCCCCAGUGACACGCCGCCCAAAAAAGACAAGCCCACGCGCAAACUGAGCCUGGAAACUAGCGGAUCUCAGGAGAAGUUCUCGUUCAAACCCGACGGAACCUUAACACCCGUCGAGCAUGCCGGAGUCGGCGAGCUGACACCCGUACUCGUGGGAAAGGACGAAUGCUCGGAUUCGCCCGACGUAUCCGAUGAUAUAAUCGAAGUGCCGACUGAUAUUAGCGCCGUGUUGAUUGCGGUGGAGAACAAAAAUAAGGAGGAAAUUUCGAAGUUGAGAGAUCAUUUGGAUGUGGUGAACGCGGAGAACGACAGCUUAAAGGAACAGCUUAAGAAGUACGUCGGCGCCAUUCAAAUGCUUAGGCGGGACGACGGGAACCUGCGCAAGGCCCUGGAGGGUUUGCAAUUGGACGGUUCUCAUAUUCCCGACUAUAAAACGGAGGCGAAGGUUUUCGAGCAGAAGCUCGUUCAGGUUGCCGAAAUGCAUGCGGAGCUGAUGGAUUUUAAUGUUCAUCUGCAACAGUGCUUGCAUAAAAAGGACGUCACUUUAGAACGCCUCCUUAAGGAGUUGGAGGAACUGAGGGGACCAAUGGAUGCGUUGGCCGAAGAUGACCAUUGCAGUGUGAACAUUUGGAUUCCAUCUGCUUUCUUAACAGGUACCGGCUCCGAUGUACAUCACGUUUACCAAAUAUUUUUGCGUGCGGGUUCAGACGAGUGGAAUAUUUACAGGCGCUAUGCUCAAUUUCACGCUUUGCAUUCCGACUUAAAGAAAUUGGACCCAGCGGUAGCGGCCUUUGAUUUCCCGCCAAAAAAAAGUAUAGGAAAAAAGGAUUCGGCUCUUGUCGAAAAUCGACGAAAGCGUCUACAGACAUAUUUACGAAGAAUCUUAUCUCACUGGCCUGAACUUGCUCAUUGUAAUAAUCGAUAUUUAUUAGAGCAACAUUUAGCAUUUUUUAAAGAUGUAAAAGAAAAUGAAGAUAAAAAUGUGAAAGGUUCUCAAUCUUCUAGACGAAGUGUACCUAAUACUCAUUAUGCAGGGCUUUAAUUUUAUAGUCAAAUAUGCCAGGACAUGUGUCAAAUGUCUAUUAAGUAUUAUAUAGAAUCUAAUUGUUUUAUUUAAGUUGAUAUUGAUAUUGUUAAUCACUACUACCUACCCCAUGUUAAAGAUACCACUGCAGUUAGUGAUUUUGAUCUUGUUUCGGUGGUAUAUCUGUCGUAUGUCACGGUGAUAUGUUUGUGGCAGAAAUUUCUUAAAAAAAGUGAGAUUUAUGGACGCCUCUACAUUCGAAUAAAAGGACAAAAAGGAACUUUGCUGUGUAACUGCCGAUUUAUAUAGGCCGGACUAUUGCUAUUAACAUUGUAUGAGAGAUUAUUUUACUUUCUUAUAAAUAAAUAAAGAAAUUUUGCAUGAACAAUUCA